AUAUGAAGUUUUAUGACUUGAAUCCAAAAUACAGAAAUCAUCAAAAUAAUAAAAAUUUCAAUAAACUUAAUAAGUAUAAAGUUACAAAUAAAUAAACAGAAAAUGUUAACGUAAAAUGUUCAAUUUUUGUAACUUUAGAAGAAAAUUUUAAUAAUAAAUAUUAAAUAGUGUUAAAGUUUAUUUAACGAAAAACAAAAAUGUAUAUAACUUACGUGGCAAUUUGUUUGCUUGCCUUAUCUGCAUUAACAUUAGGGAAUGAAUUAGAUCACGAUGGAUGGUUACAAUUGAGACUUUUGCAUUCUUUUGACGAUUCACCAACACCUAAUUUCAUAGAUAGAGGAAAUAUUUCCAUAUCAAGCGUACGUCAUGGAUCGGCAAAUGUUGUUCAAAUUGGCUUGCAAGAUUCACAAGUGACUCAAUUGAAAAAACUCGCUCAAAAUGGAGAAAAAUAUCGAUUAAAAGCCAUUGUUCGAUCAUCCUCAGGAAGUGAAACAACUUUCCUCACUUCUGUGCUUGCGUGCAAUUUAUUGGGUAUGGAUUUAGAAGAUUUAUUACACGUAUGGCUUGACAGUGCAGCGGAACCGGUAGCUGUAAAUUUAGUAUCACGUGGACCUUGUAUUACACAAGGGCCAUCGACUAAAAUGUGGACAACAAAUGUACAAGUUAAAUAUCCUGAUGGGGGUCCAAUUCCCGAUACGGCAACUUAUAUACACAAAUUAGAAAAGGAACGCGAGGCUCGUGAAAGAGGAGAAACCAAAGACAAUAGAUCAUUUUUAGCUAAAUAUUGGAUGUUCAUUGUUCCGGGAUUAAUCUUAUUUGUAUUAAUGUCGGCACAAAAUCCAGAAGGUGGUCCAGGUGGCGGUGGUUCACGAUAGUGAAAUAUUGUACAAAAAAGAAACUACUUAUGUUUUUGUCAUUCAGUGUCAAUCAGAAAAUAAAAUUGCAUUUGUAAAAUUGUCACUAUUACAAUAUUUAAGUUUGACUGUCAUAUUAUCUCAAUUUACAAAAAAAAAUAAAAACAAACAAAACUGUACAAUUUUUUGUAGGGAGAAAUAAGAUUAGAUAGUUUAAUAAAUUUUGUAAAAUUUCUAUACAUACACAAAAAUAUAAAAUUGGAAAUAUUUCAUUUGGCGAAAAAAUAUUAUGAAUUUUGUAUUGAGCAAAAAAAUUAUUAAUUUUAAGAAUGUAAUAUAAUAAAGUGAAAUAUAUAUGUGUGUGAAAUUAGAAAAGAGAA